AUGUCGUACAUGCUGCAGCAUCUCCACUCGGGGUGGCAGGUGGAUCAGGCUAUCUUGACGGAAGAAGAACGCCUUGUAUGCAUUCGCUUUGGCCAUGACUUCGACCCCGAAUGCAUGAAGAUGGACGAGCUUCUCUUUAAGGUGGCUGAAGACGUCAAAAAUUUCUGCGUUAUCUACGUGGUGGACACGACAGAAGUACCAGACUUCACCACCAUGUACGAACUGUAUGACCCAGUUACUGUCAUGUUCUUCUACCGAAACAAGCAUAUGAUGAUCGACCUGGGAACGGGAAACAAUAACAAGAUUAACUGGGCAAUGAACAACAAGCAGGAGCUUAUAGACAUCAUUGAAUGCAUCUACAGAGGAGCACGGAAAGGUAAGCGGGAGCGCGAGAUGGCUGUAGCGAAGAGGCAGGAGGACUAG